AGUGCCACGUGAGAUGCAUGUGAUCGUGUUUUGCCGAAGUGAUCGCGCCGACCUGACUACAGUGCGGCCGCAAUGCGCACCGCAGAAAGAUACCUUGUCUGGCUGAGUAUUCUAUUAAUUCACGCACUAUUCUCAGGAUGUCCACCUUAUCGUUCAUGCGCUUUCAAAACUCACCAUGGGCUCAUUAAUCUCCAGAGCGAAAUUACUCAUAGGUGCUAUAUACCAUCUGAAUAAAGCUCUGGACGUGCUAUCAAGGCGUCUUAAGGAGUCCCCAGGGAUUCCAAUACCAAACCCAACUCAGCCGUUCUGGACAAUUCCAAAGUCUAACAUAUCUGCAGAAGGGAAAACAGUUCCACAGCAUGCAGAUAUAGUCAUUAUUGGUUCUGGCAUAACUGGAGCCUCAUUUGCGUACAAUGUAUUUGAGCAAGAAACUUCACUACGAAUCGUGAUGCUCGAAGCAAGGGACAUUUGUUCCGGGGCUACUGCGAGGUAUGCAAGUACAUCACACUUCCGACAUGACUCAAUUGAUCAUCGUCUCUGUAGGAAUGGGGGACACAUCAACCCACCACUCUACCACGAUUAUUCCGAGCUGAAGGAGCAACAUGGCGAAGAAAUAGCAAAGAAGAUGAUCCACUUCCGACUGGCUCAUUUCCGAGAACUUAUGUCGAUAGCUAAGGCGGAAGAUAUCUUCGAACUCUCGCAAGUGCGCCGGACUGAGAACUUCGAUGUCCAUACAACUGCAAAGACAUUUGACAAAGCCAAAGAGGAACUCGCCGCUUGGCAGGCAGAUAUGCCCAUUGAGGCAGCUUCCUUCCAGGUAGACGAAGGUGUCGACGCUUCUUCUAAGUUUGGUUUGUCCUCAGAAGUCGUAGGUUGUAUACACGGCGAUGGAGGUGCUAUACACCCAUAUCGCUUCGUCACAUCCCUGCUGUCUAGACUCCUCGAUCGCAAUCCGCACAACUUUUUCAUCUCGACUCAUAACCCAUGUACGGAAAUCGAAUCGCCAACUUCAACUUGUCCUUUCUACACCGUCCACACACCGAAAGGCACCAUCACCACAUACCAUGUCAUUCACGCAACAAACGGGUGGGUAUCCCAUCUCCUCUCACCCCUCCGAGAGAAGAUCAUCCCCGCACGAGGGACAAUGUCCGCCCAACGUCCCGGCACGACACUCAACACCAAAUCCACCCUUACAGGCGAACGUUCUUACGUCUUCUACAGCGGUACCCUAGGCUACGACUACCUCACCCAACUACCUUCAGGCGAAAACGAACUCAUGUUUGGCGGGGGUUGGGCAAGCGCCAUGGAUGCCGCAUUUGCAGAUAUAGGUACCGUAGACGACAGCCAGUAUAAUUGGCCAGUCGCAAGUCACCUCGCCGGUGCCUUACCUUUUUACUUCGGUGCCGAGAACUGGGGUAGGGAGAAAGACCCCGAAGAAACGGAGGACGAUAAGAAAGGUGGAGUGAAAUGGGGAUCAGGGAGAACGAAAGCUUCAUGGAGUGGGAUUUUGGGGAUCUCCGCAGAUGGUUUGCCAUGGGUCGGGCGGGUGCCUACGAAACUCUCAGGACGUUCUGAGCCGUCUCAGAGUUGUACACCUCGUGUACCUCCCAAGGAAGUGGGAGAGACUAUUAGUGGAGGCCCACUUCUGACAUCGCCUCCCGGGGAAUGGAUUUCAGCGGGGUAUACGGGUGAGGGGAUGGUACAUGCGUGGAUGAGCGGGAAGGCAUUGGCGUUUAUGGUGUUGAAUGACGAAGAGGGUGUUAGGGAAUGGUUCCCCGAGAUCUUGCGCGUAAGUGAGAAACGGUGGAAGAAGGCCGAUAUUGUGGAUUACAUCUCGAGGCGGUUGUAACGGCGGCAGGAGCUGUAGAUUGUGGUUACGUAGGAUGGUUCCAUUAUGCUUUUCCUUGGGUUUCUCUCAUCAUCACGUCUUAUCGUGUGCGUUCACCCCUCUUUUUCAUAUACAGUAUAAUCGUCUUCCUUGAGUUCACACUUGUUCCUGGUAUUUGCCAUGUAUGUAUUUGUAUUGUACACUGUGUCGUUGCUUGAUAUCCUCCUAUCUAGAUCCGUUUGGUGCUCCAAGCAUCUAACUUACUUACGAGCCCCCAGCACCCGAUCCACAAUUUCCGUCAUCGCGAUGACAGCCUCCUCUUCUUGAGUUCGCCCUACCAGUUGCAAACCCACCGGCAACCCAUGGAACAGUUCAGGGUCAUCUGAAAGCAAAUCGUGAGAACGAGAACAAGGAAGUGAUAGACUUAUAGACACGACGCAACACAAUGGAAAUAGCAAACAACGGAUACGAACAUAAUUUGUAAACCGCUUCGUCUUCGUGGUUCCUGAACUCAUGCGGCGGUUGGACCUUAUCCAGAUCUUUAUCUGCAAAUGUGACUGGGAAACCUGCGCAAGCAUAAUCGAGGGUAUUGUAUAACGUUGUAUAGAACGCGUCCCUAUGACGUUAUGACCAAACUGCGUAAGCGAACACAAGCAAUAUAUUAGAGAGAAUCUGAG